UACUGUAGAAGAAAAAUCAACACUAUUAGCUAAGGCAGCGUUGGUAAAUUUUUUCCUGCCGCUAUAAUUUUUACACAAAAAUCAUCGGUGAAACUUUUUUUGAAAAUACAAAAAUUUCCGAUUUAUUAUUAUGAGUGAAACUGAAUCCAUAGUAGAAGACACCGAGUAUAUAGCCGUUGAUGCUGCCGACUAUGUGGUUUUGGCCGAAGGCGAAGAAUUGGAACAGUGUGAUGAUGGUAGUGUUAUUUUUCUGGCCGAUGGCCAAGAGUUGAUAGAAACAAGUGAAGUGGUAGAGGAACAAGAUGAUGAUGCUACCAUGAUGAUAACAGAGGAUGGUCAGAUGAUGAUGGUGGAGGAGGUGCAUGAGAUCAUGGAUGAGGAAAGUGGCGAGCAGCUGGAAGUGUAUCAGCAUGAAGAAGUAAUAGAAGAACCGCCUACACCGCAGCAGUUGUGGGCAGAAUUGGAAAAGAAAAGAAAGAGACUGAAUUUGCCACGAGUACCGCGUAAGUUUAUGCUGUUUGAUGGUAUUUGCGCGGAGAUUGUAGACUACGAUGAUGAGGAUAGUUCUCCCAUAGUGGAAUUUUCCAUGGUGGCCGAUGAUCGUGAAGCGGAACGUUUGCCGGUGGAAUGUGGCGUUUGCCCGGACAUUAUGCACAAAUCUAAACUGGAGGCUCAUUUAAAGACCCACCUCAAGCCGGGUACUAAACGCUAUAAAUGUAUUUACUGUGAAGAUGACUUCGUUACACGGGCCUAUGCCGCCGGUCAUGCUAGAAGGCAUAUGGGCAUUAGGCCUUAUGUUUGUGUACCUUGUAAAAUGUACUAUUGCACUAAACAGGAUCUAAAAGUACAUGAACAGCGUCGGCAUUUAGCUAAGGAGCAUAUCUGCGAACAGUGUGGCAAAACAUUUGCCCAAAAUACUUCCUUAAGGCAUCAUCGUUUACUGGUGCACGAACAGCAGCGUAACUAUGAGUGUGAACAUUGUGGUAAAAAGUUUCUGCGUAAAUAUGCCAUGACCGAACAUGUACGCAAUGUCCAUUAUGGUGAUAGGAGACUGCUCGAUUGUCCCUUCUGUGAUUUACGCUUUAAGGAUACCCAUAAGCUGGCGCAACAUCGCAAGGAUAUGCAUUUGAAUCAGGGUAAAUUUGAAUGUCGUGUUUGUGGUUUGGAAUUUAAUCACAUCGACUUUUUUGAUGCCCAUCGUCGUUCUUUGCAAUGUCGCAAAAAACUGGGACGUCAUUUGUUCCAACAGAAACAGGAUAAUUAUGAUGAAAUGGAUUUGCAGCAACAACAUCAAGAUGAUCAAACUAUACUGCCCGAUCAAUUGCAGCAAUACCACUAUGAAGAACAAUUGGAUCAGGGGCAAAUGUAUCAUCACAAUCAGCAGCAGGUAGUGGUGGAGGGGGAGGAGGAGGACGAUAACAGUCAACAACAGCUAGAUCAACAUCAGCUUCACAAUCAGCAAUUCAAACAAGAGCAAUUAGAACAGCAAGAAGUGGUCGUAGAAGAGAUCACCCAUGAUAUGCACGAUGAAAUAGUAAAUGAGCAUGAGAUAGAAGACCUAGAGGAUCAGGAAAAUAUUGAGGUCGAUGAACACGAAAAGGUUAAGGCGGAACAACAGCUUUUAUACGAAAUUGCCGCCAUGGAUAAUGCUUAUGUAAACAAAAUGUGUGAUACCGCCGAAGAUAUGGAUGAAUAUAUUGAAUACGAAUUUGCACGCGAUUGUAUAGAAAUUGCAGAUGAUUGUGAGGAGGUAGACGAUGGCGUAGCAGUGGACAAUGAUUUGUUAAUACAACAUCACACGGAACAUUUGCCCGAAGAAACUUUUCUCUAUGAAGAAGACGAUGAGGAAGAGCAGCAGCUGGAGGAGGAGGAGGAUGAAAUGCAUGAUUAUGAAAUUGUAGAAGAAUUAGAUGAAGAUGUAGAACAACUAUUAAUAUGUGAUACGGCUUUAGACAUUAAGGCAGAGGUAUUAGAACCCACACAGCAGGAAGAGGAGGAAGAGGCGCAAGAAGAAACAAAAAAUUUCAAAGAAGAAUUUAUGGAUCAAGAGGUAGAAGAGGAUCAUUUAAUAGAUGAAGAUACCGCAAAUGGUUUUGGUCCGGAGGAGGAAUUUCAGGAAAUAGAAUAUGAGGAAGUGGGUUUAGAGGAGGAGCAAGCUAUUGAUGUAGAAGAAAAACUUAUAAUACCGGAUAAAAAGGAGGUAAAACAGGAAAAACCCAAAAAACCACCACCACAACCCUGUCCCGAGGAUAAGGGACCCAAAGGAGUGGCUAGAAAGUAUAUGCUGUAUGAUGAACUAGUAGCCACUAUAGUCGACUAUGAUCCAGAUGGCACACCCAUAGUAGAGUUCUCCGUAUCAAAUAAUGAGGCUGAUGAAAAGUUACCCAUGGAAUGUGGCAUUUGUCCGGAUGUUAUGAGUAGAACAAAAAUAACCGCCCAUCUUAAGACACAUCUAGUGCCGGGCACUAAUCGUUAUCAGUGCAUUUAUUGUGAGGAAACCUAUAAAGAUUGCAAAUAUCUGGCCGGACAUGCCCGACGUCACAUGGGUAUACGCCCCUAUGUGUGUGAAUUAUGUAAAUUAUAUUUUUCCACCAAACAGGACUUAAGGGUACACAACCAACGACGCCACCAGGAAAAAGACCACAUUUGCGAGGUGUGUGGCAAAACAUUUGCCCAAAAUACUCAAUUGAAACGGCAUCGCGAGGCUACUCACGAAAAGAAACGGCGUUUCAAGUGUGACCUGUGUCCCAAGUCAUAUUACAAGAAUUUCAGUCUGCAGGAACAUAUAAGGGCCGUGCACAUGGGCAAACGACGUAUUAUUGUGUGUCCCUUUUGUGGCAUGCAGUGUAGAGAUGCCCACAAAAUGGCCCGGCAUCGCAAACAAUAUCAUUUGCAUCAGACGCACUUUGAGUGUCAUAUUUGUAAUGAGGAAUUUACCGAUAUCAAUUAUUUUGAUGCUCACAAAAGAUCUAUACAAUGUCGCAACAAUACCCGCCGUAAACUAGAAGAAGAGGGUCAACAGCAGCAACAGGAAGAGGAACAGCAGCUUUUACAGCAGGCAGAAGAAGCCAAACAGGAGUUACUCAUCGAAGAUGAUAGUAGUCAACAAUAUUCUCAACACUCCAACGAACAUAACCUGCUACAUACGCAACAACAACAACAACAGCCAGAACAACACCUGCUUCAUGGCCAUGAUGACGGUGAAGAUGCUGAUAAUGCUUUAGAAACAUUAAAACAGAAAUCGGGCGAAAAAAAAUUCAAUGUAUUUAAUUUUCACAAAAUGUCUCCCGUUUUUACUAAAAUAUUAAUAGAUUUUAUUAAUGAACACGAAAAUAUCGGUUAUGAUAUAUUAUCGGAGUUACAUAAAUUCGAUUUGUAUAUUAAGGGCUAUAAACAUCCCGCCUUUCCCUCGGAUGCCUUAAAUGAGGAGCCUAUAGAAUUGGAAUAUUAUAAAAAAUCACUUAAUAAUGAUAAAAUUAUAAUGGAUUAUGCCCGCUACUCUUGGAACUCUCAGGGAGAAAUGGUUUAUAGUUGUCAAAUUUGCGAGAAAAUGAAGGUAACCACAAACAAAGAUUUCACCGCCAUGGAUGACUUCUUAUCGCAUGUUGAGCAUAUGCAUGGACCGAGCAUUAAACAGGAACAGGAAGAACAAAGAAUGGAUAAGAAAACGGAAGAAUUGUGGGUGGGAGAAUUGGAGAGAAUGAAAAAGACUGCUUAUAAAAAACAUAGUGAAGAGUUUCUCAAGGAAAUCGAUGAGAUCCUAGGCGUAGAAGAUUUUGAUGCCAAUGGCAUUUUGAAUUCUUUAGAAUCCCACAAAACUUCCGAACAAGAUAAUAAUUCUGAAAUUUUAUCAGAUUCCAGCAAAGAAAAUGCCUUAUCACCCUCUACCUCAACAACCAGCUCAACCGCCAUCAGCUGCCCCACCCCAAAAAUCUAUAGUAAACCCUGCAAAUUGUCUCAACAGGAACGGCAAAACAAACGGAAAAAGAAACGUACUUCGGGUCAAUGUGACAUCUGCAAUCGUACCUUUAACGAUCUCUACAAUUUGCGUAUACACAAAAUGAUCCAUACGGGCGAAAAACCCUUCCAGUGUGAAGAGUGUGGUAAACGUUUUCGCCAGUACAAUAAGCUAAAAAUUCACUGUAUUACGCAUACCAAUGAGAAACCCUUUAAAUGUGAUAUCUGUGGUAAAGGUUUUCGUUUUCGCAAUUAUCUAUCCGUACACAAACGUCUACAUUCUGGGGAAAAUCCCUAUAAAUGUAAAUUUUGUGAAGAAUAUUUUCAUUCUCUACACUCAAGACGUUUGCAUACGAAACUUAUACACACAGAGGCGAAAACUUUUACCUGCUCGAUUUGUGGCAAAAUCUUAACGGCUCAAUGUUAUUUGACAGCUCAUAUGAAAAGGCAUACGAAUCAGCGAGACUUUAAAUGUGACAAUUGUGGUAAAUGUUUUUUUAGUCAAUCACAACUUAAGGAUCAUCAAUUGGUGCAUACCAACCUAAAGCCGUUUGAGUGUAAUGUUUGUCAGGCCCGUUUCCAGCGUAAAUCGAAUUAUACACAACAUUUGAAAAUACAUACGGGCGAGAAGUCGUAUGUCUGCUCUAUAUGCAAUAAAUCUUUUGCCCAAAAUGCCGGGCUAUAUGGUCAUAUGAAAUCACAUGCUAAAUAAAAAGUCCUUUAAGAGAGUAUUUACUGAAAUUUUUAAGCUCUUUGCUGGAGAAAACCCAAACAAGUGCUUUUUGGGGGAAAAGUUGUCGGAUAUCACUGUUAAACAGUUAGAAGUGGCAACUCGCAGAAACUAUCGUUUAAAAUAAAGCAGUGAUGUCAACUAAACGUUUUGAAAACGUCAACUGCGAGUGCAAUCGGAGUAAUUCAUAAUGAAUUGAAGCGGAAGAAACUUGAGGAAAAUAAAAAUUAAUGAACAUAAAAUUAUAUGAUGGAAACAAUAUUGUUAAA